UAAAUUUGAAACAGUCAUUUUCAUUACUGUUUUAUUCAGUUAAUCUGAUUUUUUUUUCAAAUUACUGCAUAACAGUGAUUUUUACUGGUUUCAACAGUCAAAUCCAAUCAUUUAACUGUUGAAAGCAGUAUUUGACUAGAGCCCUAUUCAACUGUUUUUUUCAGUAAAAUAACAAUUACUGAUAAAAACAGUAGUUUUUUUGAAAUUACUGUUUUUAUCAGUGGUUUUGAAUUCAAACUACUGUAUUAGGCAGUAACAUUGACAAAUUUACUGUUUAUAGCAGUAAGUUUUACUGUUUAUAGCAGUAGGUUUUACUGUUUAUGGCAGUAAACAUCUUAUGACUUACUGUUUGAGCCAGUACCUACUUUGCGCCAUUUUCUUUUAAGAUUUUUGAGCAAUAGUGGUUUCUCUGAAUAAAUGUGUUUGGUGAAGGUGUUAAUUUGAGUAAACGUUGUAUUUUGUAAAAAAUGAAUCAACUGAAUCCAGAUUUCAAGCAUUACCUAAGCGGAAAUGGCAUCAAUGAAGCAGUAAUCGAUGUUUUGAUCGAUCAAGAAAUCGGAUGGCAAAAUUUCCCAGAGCUCUCUCAAGAUGAUUUACUUGGUAUCGGUAUCAAAAUGGGCUCAGCAAAAGCUCUACUAAAACUCAUCACUGAAUUCAACAAUAGUCCUCAAGAGAGUAUCUACGUUAUUGGCGAUGAUGGCAUCCUAAAACCUGUAGAUGCGUUAAGCAAUACUGCUCGAAGUCAAACAUCCGAUUCUCUGGUAUCAACAGCUAAUCAUAGUGAAGAUACUACUUCACUUGAGGGUGAAAAAACUGCUGACAAAACGAAUUACGAGGAAACGAGUUACGAGGAACCUUCUUCGUCGCAACCUGGAGAUGACUUUAUACCAAACCUAAAUCAGGAAAAUACUAUUGACUAUUCCCUGUUUACUUCUUCUAGUUCGUUAAGAGAUUUUUUACAACAGCACCCACAAGGUGAGGCGAUCUUGGGAGCAAUUGACGACAAUAAGAUGGAUGAAAAAAUACGGAGAAAUUUGGUUCGCAUACUUGUUGCUGAAUUGAUCAACGUAGCUGGCUCAUAUCCAACAUCGUUAGCAAAAUGGGCUCUCGCUAGAGCAAUUGUAACAGAAUUCGCGAUUCUUAAGAAUCCAAUUGGUGCUGUUGGUUGUGAACACUUUUAUGACCCCAAAUCUGGGAAGGGCUUCCUACAUUAUAGAUUAGAAAAUACAAGGAAAUAUUUACCGUCAGAAAAAAAGAAAAACGUUUGUGCAAAAAAAAAGAAGCAGAAUUUGGAAAGCAUAUUACAGGAGAAUAAUCAAGAUCUUUCAGCAAUUGAACUGAAAGUUCAGUUAAUGCUCAACACCAACCCUGCUAAUCAAAACAAAAAAAUGAUCGAAGAAUGGUUGCUAGAUACUUUCAUAUAUCGCCGGGAGUACAUCAACACACCAAUUCAGCCAGUUGAUGCAAAUGAUAAAACACCUCCUACUACACCCACCAUUACGCAAAUUUUGGCGAAAUUUCCCAGGAUGCUGGACUUUAAUUGUGAAUUCGUGCAUCAAGAAUUUGAAAGUUUAAAGAUAACUCACAGGAAAGAUGGAAUUUUAUCUGUCAUUCCAGUCACGUAUGUCAAAAAGAUCCUAAAAUAUGCCGCGAAACACCACUCUAAUAAAUUUGCAGCUGCCGAGAGUUUUACUGAUGAUAAUCUGAAAGCUCUGAUUUUGCUCAUUGAAAUUCUACCCAAAGCUAACUUUAGUGUGAAGAGAAAAAAAAGUACUGCAACAUCGUCAAAAUUACCAAAUGAAAAAUUUAUGAGAAUUCUACCUAAUGGCAGUAGUGUCGAUGAAUUUCUCAAAACUCUUCCUAUAGAUGUAGUGCAGCCAUCACUGCUCGCUAUAACAUCCCACGAUGCACCUCAGAAAAUUACGAGCUUCUUUAUAAUCGCGGACAGAAGAGCAUUUCAGCUACCGAGCCAAAGCACGGCACUAUAUGCGGUGAGCAUGCUGUGGAAGGUACAUUACGUCUUCAACGUGGAAUACGCAGCAGAACUGCGGUAUUUCUUCAACUUCAUAGACGCGAUUGUGCAAGAAAAGAAAGACUGUAGAAUAUUUGCGUCUGUUAACUCCCUGAAUACGUUAUUAAUGUUGCCCAGUUAAUGUAAGUGUGUACCUAUAAUUUUACCUAUAAUUUUUAAUCGAUGCUUUGAUAUUGUCCUCUAGUUCAUUAUAUGUAGGUAUGCAUAGGUAUAAUUUUAUUUUACUUAAGUAUUCUAAGCAAAAACCUAUUUAAUUUAAAACGUUUGUACUCAAGUAGGUAUGUUCUGUGUGAUUCUUAGUGGGAAGUUUCUGGAAAUUUUUGGGGAAAAUUUCUCUAAAUUUUCAAAACAAUAAAGGCCAUAGGUGAAUAAGUAGGGUGAAUUUGCCCGCGAGAGCAUCGGGGUUGAUAUUUGCAUGGAAGGUGGGUCAGGAAAGCUCCAGAUCCUUAGAGCCCCCCCCCCCCCCGGUUUUGAAAAGUCCACCAUUUUCUGAACUUACAAUAAAAAAUAUUUUUUCAGCCCCAUGUGAAACGAUUUUUAGGAUUUUUGAAAAAAUUUGUAGAAGGUGAGGUGUUGUGAACAUUUAUAAGAGAUAUCCCCACAAAAAUUUUCACUCCCCUCCCCUCCCCUCCCAUAUUGUCCCCUCAAAAUGGAGUUUUUUAAAGCUUUGCUGUCUGUUUUAGCGAUGCCCAUGAUUUGGCACCAAAAUGGGAAUAGGAUUUUUAAAUGUGUUUUCGACCGCUAAAAGGCAUAUAUUUUUUUCAAAAAAUAAUUUGAAGUGGGUCGUAGUCAAAAAUUGAAAAUAAUUACAAAGGGGGUAAAAAUGGAUUCUGGUAUAAAUUAUUGUUUUUGGUAAACGAAGAGUCGUUUCCACGAAAAUAGCUCAACUUUUAACCUAGUAAAAAUUGAUAAGGAGACAGAGGCAUCGGAGGGGCGUGGAUGAGGGUAGCAUAAAAUUGGACUUUGUAGUCGUGUUCGGGGGUUCCAUUCAUAUGGAAACGACACCAAUAUUAUGAAAAUAGCUCAACUUUUGAUAUACCUAGUAAAAAUUGAGGUGGGGGAGAGGCACUGGAGGGGUGUGGAUGAGGGUAGCAUAAAAUUAGACGUCAUAUUCGUGUUCGGGGCGUUCGAUUCAUAUGGAAACGACUCUUUGUUUACCAAAAACAAUAAUUUAUACCAGAAUCCAUUUUUACCACCUCUGUAAGUUUUUUCAAUUUUUGACCACGGCCCACCUCAAAUUUUUUUUUGAAAAAAAUACAUGUUUUUUAGCGAUCGAAAAUACAUCGGUAGGCGGGGGUCUAGGGAUCUGAAACUUUCCUGAGAAAGGGUGCUCAAUGGUACCCACGUUCCAUGCAAGUAUCAACCCUAAUGCUCUCGCGGGCAGAUUCGCCCUACUUAUCCACCAUAAUGGCCUUUCCUCGGGAAUUUAUGAAAAAAAUUUCUGUAAAUAUAGUGAAAGAAUCGAAAAAAAAGUUCAAUUUCUGCGAAAUAUGUUCAAAGUAAAAGAAAAUUUCGAAAAUCUCAAACUUUGUAAAUAAUUGAAAAUUGAAUAUGUAUCCCGGAAUUUUAAUUUCGGCGAAAUAUGUAAAUUUUAAAGUUUGUAAAUAAUUGAAAAUUUAAUAUACUUGGGUAUGCCGGAACUGUUUGUAAUUUCUGCGAAAUAAGUUUAAAAAUUUCUGUGAAAUAUGUUUUAAAUAAAAGAAAAUUUUGAAAAUUUCAAAUUUUGUAAAUAAUUGAUAAUUUAUUAUACCGGAAUUGUUUGUAAUUUAUUGUAUAUUUUUUUCUAUAAAAUAGAUAAUUUCGAUUA